AUGUCGCUGAGGAAGGUAUUCCGUACCCGCAAGUUCUCUAGAUCGUUCAAGGAGGCGCCGGCGGUGGGCGCCGGCGAGGGCGGGGUCGCCGCCGAGGGGGACGACCACGCGCACUGGAAUGGUUGGUCCAACAUGCUGCCGGAGAUCCUCGGCGAGAUCGUGCGGCGCGUCGACGCCGCCGAGGAGCAGUGGCCCAACCGCCAGAACGUCGUGUCGUGCGCGUGCGUGUGCAAGCGCUGGCGUGACAUCACGCGCGAGGUCGUGCGUGAGCCCUUGCACACCGGGAAAAUCACUUUCCCUUCGUGCCUAAAACAGCCAGGACCACGUGAGGUUCCCCACCAGUGUCUUAUAAAGCGGAACAAAAAGACCUCAACAUUUUAUCUAUAUCUUGCCCUAACACCAUCAUUCACAGAUAAAGGGAAGUUUCUGCUAGCAGCUAGGAGAUAUAGGUGUGGUACACAUACCGAAUACAUAAUUUCACUCGAUGCUGAUGAUUUAUCCCAAGGAAGCAAUGCUUAUGUUGGAAAGUUAAGUUUAUCUUCCAAUGACAACUUGUUACUGGACUCUUUUCACAGUUCGGAUUUUCUUGGAACCAACUUCACAAUUUAUGACAGCCAGCCACCCCAUAGUGGUGCAAAACCAUCAAGUGGCAGGGCGAGUCGACGGUUUGCCAGUAAGCAGAUAAGCCCGCAAGUUCCUGCUGGUAACUUUGAGGUGGGGCAGGUCUCCUACAAGUUCAACCUGUUGAAAUCAAGAGGGCCAAGGAGAAUGGUUUGCUCAUUGAAGUGUCCAAUGACUCCUGUCGCAUCAACAGGUGAAAGUUCAGAUAGCCCAUCUCUUGAUGACCAUAAGAUGAUUGAUAAAGAACAAGCUGCUUCUGGCUGCACAAUCUUGAAGAAUAAAGCUCCAAGGUGGCAUGAGCAUUUGCAAUGCUGGUGUUUGAAUUUCCAUGGUCGUGUGACAGUGGCCUCAGUGAAGAACUUUCAGCUGGUUGCAACAGUGGACCAAAGCCAACCAGGAGGUAAAGGAGAUGAGGAAACAGUUCUCCUCCAAUUUGGUAAAGUAGGGGAUGAUACUUUCACCAUGGAUUAUAGACAGCCCUUAUCUGCUUUCCAGGCUUUUGCCAUUUGCUUAACUAGCUUUGGCACUAAACUUGCUUGUGAGUAA